ACGAAGGGAACGUCGUCAUUUGGUAAACGUCGCAACAAGACGCACGCCCUGUGUCGUCGGUGCGGCUCCAAGGCAUACCACCUCCAGAAGUCCUCAUGCGGAAAGUGUGGCUACCCCGAAAAGCGCAAGAGGAAGUGUGAGUGGCUCAUACUGUUCUUGCAUGUCUGGCAGGUGGUUUAGCUAGUUGUUAUUGAUCAAUAAGUGCAUCCAGUGGUGUGACCAAUAGGGACUCAUCAGCGAGGCUAGAUGGAUGGAUUUAUGCUGCAGGUCAUCAUGCCAGGAGUCUUACCUGAGUUCAACCUGUCAGAAGUUUUCUGUGAUGCAUAACGUUAUGUCAAAUAGAAAAGACGUUAGCACACGCAGCAGUGAAUUUUUACACUUCCAGAUUUGUUUUGGAAAGGUUUGGUCAAGCUGGCCUUGUCACAUUUAUGUCUGUCUGUUUAAAAGUUUUGCUCUUCAUUGAUUCUAACACGCUCAUCCUUUCACCCUCAUCCUUUCACCCGUGCAGAUAACUGGAGUGCCAAGGCCAAGCGACGCAACACUACCGGGACUGGCCGUAUCAGACACCUGAGGGUCGUCUACCGCAGGUUC